AAUUACUUUUGUAGAGUUAUAUAGAUUUGUAUACUUACAUAGAUCAGGACGCAAGUGUACAUUUUGUCAGAAUGGGCGAGCGAGUUGGAUAAAAUACAACUUGUCAUAAACUCCAAUGUUGACACAACUACCCAAAGAUCACCCAUGCAAUUGUUGUUCGAAGGUAUGGUGUCCGGAAGACUGAUCCGAUUUGCUUGACAUAGAGAGCGACUGCUAGGAUGAGAUGGCGUGUUAGCGUCCAUUUUAUCACCUGCCUGCAGCUCUUAUUUAAUGGACUAUCGAAAAGCUUCCAGACAAAGUGCUUCUCCAUAUCUUCAGCUACCUUUCCCAUAAAGAAAUAUGUCGAAUGGCAAGAGUAUGCAAACGUUGGAGGCUCAUCGCCUAUGACACCAAAUUAUGGAAGAAUGUAUCUCUGAGACCAGAAAUAUCAGGAUUGCACGUUGGAUCCUUGGAAUCACUUUUGGCCCUGAUCAGUAUAAGAUUUGGACCAUCAUUAAGAUAUAUUGAACUUCCCAUCGAACUUAUUACCCACACUGUCCUGCACGAAUUAGCUAAUAAAUGCCCCAAUCUAACACACAUGUUGCUGGAUUUCUCGACAGCUAUGCAACUACACGAUUUCAGCGAACUUCAAGCCUUCCCCACCAAACUAAAGUAUUUGUGUAUUUGUUUGUCGGAGGUCAUCUUUAUGGAAGGUUUUAUGAGGAAAAUCUACAAUUUUAUUAACGGCUUGGAAAUCCUACAUUUAAUAGGAACGUAUGAGAAAGUUGAAGAGGAGGAAGAAGAAAUUUAUGAAGUUAUUAAUGUACACAGGCUGAAAAGCGCCACCCCGAAUUUGAGGGUGAUUAAUUUGUAUGGAAUUAAUUUUGUGGAUGACAGUCAUAUCGACGCCUUCAGUUCUAACUGUAUUCAGUUAGAAUGCUUAGCAGUAAAUUAUUGCAACAAAGUAACCGGAAGCACAUUGAAAAUAUUGUUUCAAAGAAGUAGAAGACUAAAAUGCUUGCUGAUGAACGGAACCAAUUUGCAGAGCGACUAUCUGAUGCAAGUGGAGUGGGAAAAGUGCUCCCUUCAGGAAUUUGACAUAACAGCGACAGAUCUAUCCACGGAAUGUCUACAGGAUAUGCUGACCAGAUUGCCAGGUUUGAGGUUUCUUAGUGCUGGUCAAAUCAACGGCUUCAACGAUUCAGUGUUGAAAACUUGGAUGGAUGCGGGUAAUCCGAGGAAUUUGGUGUCUUUGGAUUUAGACAGUUCAGAUAACCUAUCAGAAGAUGCCAUUUAUAAAUUCCUAUGUAAAUACGGUCAUCAACUUUGGGGUCUGGGAUUAUCUGGAAUGACUCACAUCACUGAUUCCUUGUGGCAAUCAAUAUUGCCGAUCUUAGCUAAUGCAAAGAUAAUCGUAAUGGGAACUCAAGAAAGGCUUGGAGUAAAUAUCUUAGCAGAUCAGUUAAUGGACAGUAUAGCUAAAAAUUGCAGUAAUCUGGAAAGGUUGGAAUUAAGAUGGGAUCCAGACAAUUUGAGAUUUUCCGACAAGAGUCAAAAAGCUAUAGACACUUUGAGAGUAAAGUGUCUUAAAUUAAAAUGUUUAGCAUUGAGUGAUGGAAGAUAUUAUGAAAUUGUCAAGGCAAAUUUUGAAAGAGCAGAUCGCAUGACAGUGGUUAGGGCGUUAACAAAUUGCAGAGUCUCAAACUACUAUCUACUUUCCAACUAUAAGGAUCUGGUAUUCAACUAAAUCUACAGAAAAAAAAUGGAAACCAUGGUACUUUCUAUCAGACCUUGUAUUUGUCAAGAAUAAAUAUCCUUUAAAUGAGUGCAAUACAAAUUGUUUAUAUAAAUAAAUUAUAUUUCCAAGAAAAAAUUAGAUAUUUUGUAUAAAGUAUAGUAAUAGCCAGCCAAUGCUGACUAAAUUACGAUUUUCAUAUGUACAACCAAGUUUUAUAUACAAUUUGUUUAUUUAUAUGUAAAUACUAACAAUUAUUGAUGUAACUAAUAAUUAUUUUAAAGUAUACUUCCAUAUUGACUUUGAAAAAACAAAUAUAUACAUCAUAAAUAAAUAUGUCUAGCUAUGUAACAACAAAAGAAA